CUACCGGUAGGACGSCAUUGACUACGGUUGCGACWCACACGCACAAGGGAGCAACAGAAAGAACUUUCCAUGAAGUACGACACCAUCGCGAGUCCUCCGCGGCCCCUCCUGUGCACGGAAUCCACGGACGGUGGGGGAUGUGCCGGCYGCCCCCUCCCUUGCAAGCCGCGCGAAACCAUCGUGCCGGAAGGGAACGGAGGGACGAGCUGGGGUACCCGGAAGGAUGAUGCUAGCCUCGACUAUGGCCACCGUGCACUCCACGAUUCUAGCCACGAUUCGAUCGACACUGCCGGCCUCGAUGCCGCCAUCGGCCACGAUGCUGACUACAAGGCCUGCUGCAGCAGCGCCCGGUUCGUCUGCGACGAUUCCGUACGGAGCGACGAUUCGUCCCUGGUGUCGGCGCCGACCUUGUGUUCGGCUUCGCCAUCGAUGUCUUUUGCAGAUUCGGAAGACGAAGAAACCCCGCUCCCCGGCGAGGAGGAGCCAUCUUCUCGCGAAGAAGAAGAASAACAACAACAACAAGAGGAAGCCGACGCMGAAUCUUCCCCCGAAACGAAUCCGGAGGCCGGGUGCGAAAGCGGKGUCGAGAAAGGCAGGAGAAAGAGCGGCAUCUGGAACCACGUCGUCAGGGACUUUGACCGCAGCAGGGGCGGGGACUUCAAGAUCCUCCGGGCCAUCGGACGGACCGCCGCGGUCAACGCCGUCGUCUCGGCCACGGCCCUCGUCGGGGGGCCCGUCGCCGGCGUGGCCGGCUACGCCACGGGGGGUGCCAUCACCGCCAAGCGCCUCUUCGGGGACGGGAUCGCCAGGGAGGACCACAAGGAGAUCGCCAAGAGCCUCGCCGUCUUUGGGGGGGCGACGACCGCCUCCCUCACGGGGCAGGCCAUCGCGGGAGCGGCGAUGAUCGGCCUGGUGGGGGCGAGCCUCCCCGUGGCCGGUGCGGUGGCCUUUUCCGCGGGGUGCGUCAGCGGCAUCACGGCGGGUGCCCUGAGCGAGUGGGGCGUGGACGGUUUCAUGGGGGAGGGGAGAGAAAAGCAGGCCGCCGGCAGCGGGUCGGACCCCRAGGGGGGGAAAAYRGAUUCCGGGGGCGGCAACGCGGAAACGAAGCACGGGCUCGCCGGUGUCGUCGGGGCCUGGGUCGACCGGCAGCGACAGAGACGCCGGGAGAGCCGCGUGGACCGAGAAGCCGCUAGGAUCAAGAAACUCGUGGACCAACAAACAUCCGCUGCUUCGGAACACAACAAACCCGCAUGGCACGGGAGAGGAUCGAUCGUCGGCAAGCACUCAGCGGACYYGGUGGUGUGUUGAUCGUCGGCAAGUACUCGGCGGACUCGGUGGUGUGGAAGUCGACCCAUUCCCCGUCGUCCCGAGACGAAAGAAACAGAGAACAGACCG